UCCCUUUUCCUCAAACAAAGUAAAGAAAAUCAUAAACCAUUAUGGUUUCUCGUACCAACGUCAUUUUUCUCUCUCUCUCUCUCUCUCUUUUUAAAUAGCCGCACUUCGAGACAGACAAUGGGAUACACCAUCCAUCACUAGUUCCAAAGUAAGUUUUUUCAAGGUCAUUAUAGAAGAUUAGCUGAGGGAGGAAGGAAGGGAAGAGCAACUCAAUCACUGAGUUGUUCAUCAAGAACACCGUCUUCCUCGUAUAUUCUCCUGCUUUCUUUCAAGUUUGGACUCUCAGUCGUAUCGUAGCUUCUUCUUCUUCUCAUCCAACUUCCGUCACUUUCAUUACUACCUUAUUAUUUUGGUGGGUCUAUAUCAAGUACAAACCAAGGCAAGCACACUAGCACCUUAUGGAGGAGAGACCAGAAACAGAACUGAUAUCUAUACCGGCGACACCGAGGGUGUCAACGCCGGAGAUACUGACACCGUCGGGGCAGAGGUCACCAAGAGCGGCUUCAAAGGAAGGAAAAUCAUGGACCCCAACCUCGUUCAUAUCACCAAGGUUUCUGAGUCCAAUAGGUACACCAAUGAAGAGAGUGCUGGUAAACAUGAAGGGUUACUUGGAGGAGGUGGGACACCUUACCAAGCUCAACCCUCAAGAUGCUUGGCUUCCAAUCACAGAGUCUCGCAAUGGAAAUGCUCACUAUGCAGCAUUCCACAACCUCAACGCUGGUGUUGGCUUCCAGGCCCUCGUUUUGCCCGUUGCUUUUGCUUAUCUUGGCUGGAGUUGGGGAAUUCUUUCCUUAACCAUAGCCUACUGUUGGCAACUUUACACGUUAUGGAUUUUGGUUCAGCUUCACGAAGCAGUUCCAGGUAAAAGAUACAACAGAUAUGUGGAGCUAGCACAAGCAGCAUUUGGGGAAAGACUGGGAGUCUGGCUUGCUCUUUUCCCGACAGUUUAUUUGUCAGCAGGAACUGCAACAGCUUUGAUUCUUAUCGGAGGGGAGACGAUGAAACUGUUCUUCCAAAUAGUUUGCGGACCCACUUGUACCUCAAAUCCUUUAACCACAGUGGAGUGGUACUUGGUUUUCACUUCUCUAUCAAUUGUCCUGUCUCAGCUUCCAAACCUGAAUUCAAUUGCAGGACUUUCACUCAUAGGGGCAGUCACAGCUAUAACUUACUCCACCAUGGUCUGGAUCCUCUCUGUAAGCCAACAAAGGCCCCCUUCAAUCUCCUACGAACCCCUAUCACUGUCACAACCUUCUGCUUCUGUAUUUCUUGCCAUGAAUGCACUUGGAAUUAUAGCCUUUUCUUUCAGAGGCCACAAUUUGGCCUUAGAAAUUCAGUCCACAAUGCCUUCAACUUUUAAGCACCCGGCUCGUGUGCCGAUGUGGAAAGGAGCCAAGGUUGCUUAUUUCUUCAUUGCAAUGUGCCUCUUCCCAAUUGCUAUUGGUGGCUUUUGGGCCUAUGGAAACCAAAUGCCUCCUGGAGGGAUUCUCACUGCUUUGUAUGCAUUUCACAGUCAUGACAUCUCAAGAGGAAUCCUUGCCUUGACUUUCCUUCUUGUUGUGUUUAACUGCUUGAGCAGUUUCCAGAUAUACUCAAUGCCUGCUUUUGAUAGUUUUGAAGCUGGUUACACGAGUAGGACAAACCGUCCCUGCUCCAUAUGGGUGAGAUCAGGUUUUAGAGUGUUCUUUGGAUUUGUCUCCUUCUUCAUAGGAGUGGCGCUUCCCUUCCUCUCAAGUCUUGCUGGUUUGCUAGGAGGACUCACUCUCCCAGUCACCUUUGCAUAUCCUUGCUUCAUGUGGGUUCUCAUAAAACAGCCUCCAAAAUAUAGCUUCAAUUGGUACUUCAACUGGAUUCUGGGCUGGCUGGGGGUUGCUUUUAGCUUGGCGUUUUCCAUUGGAGGUAUUUGGAGCAUCGUGAAUGAUGGACUCAAACUAAAAUUCUUUAAACCCAAUUGAUUUUUCACUGAUAAGUCAAGCAAAUUACAUAAAUGCUGUUCUUCAGUCGUUUCCCAAGAGAAUGAUCCUUGUAUUGUAUGCAUUCAAGUUGAGACAGAGGUGGACCUUGCAAGUUUUUAAAGAAUAUUUCAUAUCUCCCUCUUGAUGUGUUUCUGUCAUAUUUCAGUGUUCUCAUAGCUUAUUAUAUUGAGAAAUAUUUAA